AUGAAUAUGCUCGAGGCAAACAUGCGUGUGGUAUCGGACAGCCUUAACAACACUGUCCGGUUGGCAGCAGAAUUUGGUGAUGAAGCAAUGAAAGAUUUGAAGUUGUACACCAGCCUGGUAGAAAAACUAUGUUUAAUCGACAGCAAAAUGGGAAACCAUCGUAAAGCAAUGGCUGAAUCGUACGCGGAGCAAACUGUGGAAAGCUUCGACCAUUCUUACGAAUCUAAGCUGGAGAAAAAGAAUCCUCAGGUGAAGGGUCACAAACGGUACAAGGACUUUAUACAAUACGCUAAACCACUACUAAACCCAUCGCUAGAGGGACAAUCAAGCCAGGAUCGGAACAAUGACGAUGAUGAUUUGAUGAUUGCGGCUGAUGAUAGUAAUACCAUCGAUCCAAUUACGAAGCGUCCGAUGGAAGUGCCCGUGCGUAAUAAGCAGUGCAAUCAUGUCUAUGAAAAGAGUUCAAUCGAACAGCUGCUGGAGCAAAAUCCGCGCGUCCGCUGUCCUGUGAUGGGUUGCCUUGCGAAGCAAUACGUCCAACGACAGUUACUAGAGGUCGAUAUUAGACUGCAGAAGCAAUUGAUGCGAGCGCGUGCUGCUCUUUUGUGA